UUUUAACUGUCAUUCUACGAGAAAACCAGGCAAAUUGAAGGAAUAUCAAUUCCUGGGGUAUUUUAUUUUAUCUCGAAAUAUAUAAAAAACUAAUAUAUAUUUGUGUUUAAAUAAAAAAAAAAAAAAAAAAAAUUUAAAUAUCGACCUCAUUUUUUUCAGUGGGUGGUCAAGUAUAACCAUCAUAUUUGGUCCAUUUCUGAUUGCUGAAUUUAGUCCUUUUAGAACCCCCAAAAAUACCUUUUGGGCUUUAAAAUUGGAUUUAAAAAGUAUACAACUACAUCAAGUGUCUUCAGAUUGAUGCAAAAAAUAAAAUUUCUCUCUCAUAGUAAAACCCUCCCUCCCUUGAAAGCAGGUCAAAUAGAGUAAGUCACAUGACCUUUGACAUUGUGAGGUUUUUUUAAAUUAAGACAAAACAAUACAGGACGCUUAUUUUUCUCUAAUUUUGAAUGAAAUAUAAAAUAUAGUUGUUAUAUGAAUUAUUGAUAAUUUUUCUCUCUUGGGUUUUCAGUGUAAAUAUAUUUUUUUGGUGAACAAAAUAACCAAAUUUUCAACAGUUUCCUCACCAGUAUUUUUACUGAUUACCUCCCCUUUGAAACCUUUCCUGUCAUAAUCAAAAUGGCAGCCCCCAUGGAAACACUUGUUGCUAAACAAGAAUGUAGCUUUUCUAGAUCGUUUGAUGCAGUGAAGUGUGAAGGAGAUUGUCAAAUUAUAUAUAAAUUGAGAUGUGAUAUCAGUGACCAUCUUAUUCGUUUUAAAUCCGGUCCAAAAGACAAGCAUGUAUCAAUACCAGAGGGUUUAUUAAUACUGUAUCGUGCUGGUUUAUUUACGGUGGAAAAUGCCACUAUGAAAAUGACAAUAUGUGACUCUCACAGAGACAAACUUAGUACACAAUGGUAUAGAUGUAAGCGAACAUGUGCACAUCCCUUACACCCAAAGACAAGUAAAGAAAAGCCAGAUCGGGGAAUAACACUUGCCAUUGCAAAAGAGAUAUGGGUGCAUGACAGAACCAUCACAGCAGUUGGAGAUGGUUUAUGCAGAAGUUGUGUAGAAAGACACAAGAAAACAUACCUUACAGUUGUAGAUGUACAAAAUGAUAUUGUGGAGUUCCAUAAAGUUGCAAUGAAUUUUCAUGAACAGAAUAUUAAUAGAAGUGAACAGAUGGUACCUUGCAGUCCAUGUUUUUCACCAGCCACAUAUCCAUCAGAAGAUUACGUUGAUGAAAUGAAUCCUGAUGCUGCUGACAUUAAUUCAAGUCUACAGAUUUAUAGUUCUGGUAAGUUUGAUAAAUAAUACAGUAUAAAUCUUCAUUUCCAUGUAGAGACCUAUUGUAAAUGUCAAUCUUUAAAAAAAUCUUCCCUGAAACUGCUGAUUGGAUUGUGUUUAAUCUUAGCCAGGAUCAUAAUUAAUGUAUCUAUUAUCAAAUUUUUGUCAAUUAUGUAGGCCAACCAACAAACAUUGAUGCUGUUGCUAAAAAUAGAAACAAAUUAUAGUGUGAUUUUCAUCAAACUUAAAGCUAUCCUUAUUAUAAAUUUAUCUUUCAGAAUGCCAGGUUGUUUUGUAUUUUGCUGUCAAAUUUAAGGACUUAGGCCAUGUUCACAUUGACCUAAACUCAGUGUUGUGUUAGUGUAACUCACACGUAAACUAAACACAAUUACGUUCCCAUUGAUAAAACUCAAUGUGUACAUGUAGUUUAAAUCAUGUUUUGUCUACACGCAGUCGAUAGUCAAUGUAGGCCUUGUGUAGGUUAAGUGUACACAAAACUAGGCAUUUAGAACAUUAAUUUUACCAUGUAUAUUUAAGGAAGAAACGAUUUUUGAAUAAAAUUGAUAUUUAUAACAAUUAUUUAUAAAGUUCUUUACAGAAAUAUUUGUCUAAACUUGAUAUAUUCAUUUGUUAUAAAAAAAACUUUGCGUAGCUUUAUUAACCGGUACCCUUAUCAAGACUCAAAGCAGUAUCAUUGCCGAACACAUAAUUCAUUUGAAAAGGUCUUUCCGAAACCGACUCGACGUACACAGAAAUAUUUGCCACUGGUCUUUACUCAAACAACGAUUCACUCAUAAAUGAAUUACCAAAAGUGUGAGGUAAAUGUAUUGUUUGUCUAAUAUCUCUGAUGCGUUAAAUUACACUUAAAAAUAAAAAAAAACAUUACCCCCUCCCUUUGUCAAAUACUCCCUGGAGAAGAAAUACCAUUUGAAACAAACAGAAAAGAUAUAAAUGUAGUGAUCCUUACAUCUCUGUUUUUUCUUUGUCUGUAUGCACACUGCUGCAGCCUACUUUUUCUAAUGCAUAAUCGAGACAUCUUUAGUAUCUUUAAACUACUGCAAAU